GUCAGACGGUGAAGGGCGUCGGGCCGAAGUUUGGCCCUCAACGCGCUCAUCAUGCUGAAAGCAGUUUCCUCUCUCAGGGGCCGUUAUGUGUUAACAGCGCAGUCCAGUCCCUGGUCCGGUUCGGUCAAAUUCCACUUGGAAAGUGGUGCAUUAUGUCAGAAAUCCACCCUCAAGCCCCGUCCCACAGACGUCCCGGAUAUGCCCCCAUGCAUUUUACAACCAGAGGAAUACACGGGUAUGUCCAAAGAGCGGAUGAUGGAGAUCCGCAGGCAGAACUGCAACCCCAUGGUCAUGAAGGUUACCAACUAUAAGAAGCCAGUGUUCAUCCACCAGGGAUACAUGCAGUGGCUGUGGGAUGUGGACGGGAAGCGGUACCUGGAUCUAUUUGCUUGUGUGGCUACUGUCAGUGUGGGCCACUGCCACCCGAAAGUAGUAGCAGCUGCAGAGAAGCAGCUGAAGAGAGUGUGGCACACUACAAACAUCUACGUCAACCCUCCUCUCCAUGAGUACUGUGAGAAACUAGCUUCCUACUUCCCAGAUCCUCUCAAGGUGGUAUAUCUGACCAACAGUGGCUCAGAAGCCAAUGACCUGGCCAUGCUGAUGGCUCGACUUCACACAAGAAACUUUGACAUCAUCACUUUCAGAGGCUCAUACCACGGUGGCAGCCAACAGACCCUGGGUCUCACCUCCAACGUAGCAUACAAAUACCCCGUCGCCAAUGGUUUGGGCUGCACAAAUACCAUGUGUCCCGAUGUGUUCAGAGGUCCGUGGGGAGGAAGCCACUGCAGGGACUCUCCUGUGCAGACCAACAGAGAAUGUGGGUGCGCCCAAGGACAUUGCAUGGCUAAAGACCAGUACAUUGGACAGCUCAAGGAGACGUUUCAGACUAGUGUCCCGAGUCAAAUUGCUGCUUUCUUCGGAGAGCCGAUUCAGGGAGCCGGAGGAGCUGUGCAGUACCCUAAAAGCUACCUAAAGGAGGCUUACAAACUUGUAAGAGAGAGAGGAGGGAUCUGCAUUGCUGAUGAGGUCCAGACUGGAUUUGGGCGAACAGGAAGCCACUUCUGGGGGUUCCAAGGUCACGACGUCAUUCCUGAUAUGGUUACAAUGGCGAAGGGCAUUGGCAAUGGAUUCCCAAUGGGAGCCAUUGUUACAACAAAAGAAAUUGCGUCCUCGUUUGGCAAGGGGCUUCACUUCAACACCUUUGGAGGAAAUCCUUUGGCUUGUGCUGUCGCUUCGUCAGUGCUCGAUACGAUCGCCGAAGACGGCGCGCAGCAGUCCAGUCUUACUGUGGGAACCUAUCUGAUGACGGAACUGGCAAAACUCAGAGACAAGUAUGAGAUCAUCGGCGACGUCCGUGGAAAAGGCCUGCAGAUUGGUGUGGAAAUGGUCAAAGACAAGGCCAGCAGAGACCCGCUGCCUCUGGAGGCAAUGAGUGAGAUCUUCGAGGACAUAAAGGACAUGGGAGUGCUGAUCGGGAAAGGAGGACUCUAUGGACAGACCUUCCGCAUCCAACCACCAAUGUGCAUCACGAUGGAGGACGCAGAGUUCUUCCUGGACAUUUUUAACAAGUCCAUCCACAACUACAUGGAAAGAAAAUAAAGGUCAAACCUACCUUCUGCCUUUGCAGUAAUAAUACGUUUUAACCCCAUUCAACUAUGUUGUAAUUAAAAUACUUGAAUCAUUAAAAGCUAGGGUUCUCUUGCUGGUUUCUCCAGUGUGACCGACACAAGAUUUAAUACACCUCACUGGGCAAAUAAUGAAAAAUGUAAAUAUGUAAUAAUAAUAAUAAUCUUGUACCGUGUCUUUUAUGACAACUGAAUUGAAGAUCACUUUACUUGUUUCCAUCUGCUGAAUCAUGCUUGGAUGUAACUGUAAUUUCUGAACACAUGCUUUGUUGCUGAUCAUAGAUGUGAAUGUA